CGCCGCUUCCUGUCCCCGAGCGCGUACUUCCACUCCCUCGCUACUUUGUACACAAACACGAACCCGAUCCCAAGCCCCACGGAGCAAAAGACGAGGCACGCAAAGACGGCGAACCAGAAGGCGACCUCGAGCACCGCGCGCCUCGCGUCGGCGGCCAGCGGCUCGGCGGCGCCGACGACGACCUGCAGGCUGCUCAGCACCAGCGACAGCACCCCGAUGCAGAAGAGCACGGGGCCGUAGAUGCGGGCAAAGUACUCCGAGUACUGCGGCUCGAGCGACUGGUACCGCGUGUGCAUGCCGACCAGGAGGCGCGUGUAGAGGUUGAGGCGCGUCAGCCGCACCUCGCCGUACCGGUACCGCUCCGACACGUCCGUAUCCGCGACGGCCGCCCGCACGUCGGCCGCGAACAGGCAGAAGCCGGCCCACGUCGUGCCCUCGGGCAGCAGGCGCAGCUGCGGGUCCGUGGCGACGCGGAAGUCGGACUCGUGCCGGAUCAGGUGCGUGUAGGUGCGGAGGUAGCCGAGCGCCGCUUUCCGGACGUGCAGGAGCGAGUUCGGGUGGUGGUGGUGGUCGGCGGCGGCGGUGGGCUGCACCGCCGAGCCGCCGAUGGUCGACGCAGGGCUGCACGGCGGUGCCGUCCGGCACGCGAGGUGGUUCUCCCAGAAGGAGUGGUUGGCGAGGUACGCGGGGAGCGGCUUUAGGAAAAUGCGGUCACGGAUCCAGACGAGGUGCAGCUUGGGGUCCUCCGUCACGACGAUGGUCCGCCGCUUCACGGCCUGGCGGUGCAGCGGCGAGAUGCUGCCGCUGUCCUGCUUGGACAUCCACCAGAGGCGCGGCGCCAGCUUGUCCUGCAGCGCCGAGAUGAACUCCUGCGAGAGGAACUCGGCAAGCCCGUCCCCGUCGGCUAGGGAGAUUGCUGGGUACCCGGGCAGGUGGCUUGUGGCUGUGUCAGGCUGCGCGGUAUCGCCGACAAGCUCGUGGCACUGUUGGAAUGGGGGCUUCAUCCUGCCGAAGCCCCUCUCAUGGGUAUUGCGCUGGUCGCCCCCGUCUACCCUGACUAUCGAAGGAGUGCCGCUGGUUUACUGCAAGUCCAGCUGGCCACGAGCGAGCUUUUCUCUCAUGUUUCGCACCAUAGGCACUAGCUAAUAGAAACCUAGUCCUCCAGGGGGCUUCAGGCGUACUAAGUAGGCAAACCGUCAGAGCCAAAAACCCUUGCCGCCAAAGACAUCCCGAGACGCGUCCUUGCAGGCUCUGCAAAGCCCCUCCGUGGCUUUUUCUGCAUUUUUAGCAGCCCCUCCGAAGCUGCAGGCCACAGCGAAGCCGGGCGCAGAUGGAGACUGACGCUGACCAACCAGGCAUCUCCUGUCCCGAGAUGAGGAUUGCGGAUCUUCCAAUCAGGGGGCGCAUGUGUGGUGUGGCGCGCCUUGGUGCCCAACACGAUGCAGAAGUAGAGAAAGAGGGGUACGCAUCAUGGUGGGCUCAGGCGUCCUUAUGAAGAGGAACUAAGCAGACAAGUCGGUGACGGGCAGUUGUCGGGAAGGCUCCUCAUUCUUUCCAUAUCCCCUCCUCGGCAUCUUACUCCUUUCCCGAUACCUGUAUCUAGGUCCUUACCAACUCUCCCCUCGCCUUUCUGCCGGCGACGAACUCGCGAUGGAUCCCCAGCCGCUGCCGCCAGAAGCAUACGAUACAAGCAACAUCUUCCGUGUCCAGAACAUCCCGCACAAUGUCGCCCUUGCCAUGUUUCCCUCAUUCUUUUCGUGGCCCUGCGGCUUGACUGGUACCGAGAUCCACGUCCAUUCAUUCUCUCGAGUCGAUGCUGCCAACCAAGAAUCCGCCAUCACUGCCACCGUCACAUUUUCCCGUAAACCUGUAUUCUGGGACACUAACGUGUGCCCGCGUGCAAAGCGACUGCGCGAAGCCAUCGAUCUGCACAUGCCAGACGGUUGUAAUUACCGUCCCAUCAAGGUCGACCAGCAGCUCCUGGGGUUUACGCCACUCACCCCGCUCGCCAUCCAGUCGGCAAAAGGGAGAAAAGGCAUCGAUUGCAUUGUGAUUCACGGCUUCGGCUCCCACCCCCUGGCUGCGUUCAAGGCACAAAGAUUUCCAGACGUCUGGAUCCGAGACUGGCUGCCACAAGACUUCCCGAAACUUGACGUCUUAACCUACGGGUAUGGAUCACACUUCGACGACCCCAAUGCCUCCGGGGACAUCCAUGAGUGGGCAGAUUCAUUCCGAAGUGACUUGCGGGCAUAUCGGUCCAUGACCAGGGGAAACGCAAACUUCAAGCCCCUGAUCUUCAUCGUCCACAGUCUGGGAGGCCUGGUCUUCAAAGACGCCGUAGUCUCCAUGGCGAACUCCGCCAUCUUUCCCGGGGACCAGAAGACUGUCAAGUGCAUCCACGACGUCUUCUUCUUCGCCGUUCCGAGCCAAGGCAUGGACACUGAAGAUAUGGAGGUCAUGGCCGGCAGGCUUCCAGCGCGCAUUACGGCCGCACUUCUCAACCAAAACUUCCUCCAUCGCAUGAGGCAGACCCUCAACACACAGUUCGACCAAGCUUUCCCGUACAAAGACUCGACAAUCUAUCAGUUCUACGAGGCAUUGCCGACAAAAGGGGUCACCAAGUCUGGGCAAGAGCGCUUGCUUCUUCCUCAAACUUCAACUAUCGGGAGGCACUGGGAGAACGGCAAUGACUACAAGAUGCAGAUCGAGGGAGAUCAUCGGACGCUAGUUAAGUUCUCGCGUACCGACACAAGCCAAUAUCAGAGAGUCAAGGGGGUCUUGGACGCAACGAUGGAAAGAAACCCCUGUGAAACGAUCCGUGCUCGCUUCUCUUGGGGUCAGAGAAACGUUCCACCAGAGGAAAAAAGACGAGACAUGUUGAAAUGGCUGGUCACUGUCGAUCCCUCCGACAUCCACCGAAGAUCCAUCGGCUUGCAAGAGGAGCAUACUUGCCAAUGGAUUUUCCGAUGGGAAGAAUGGAACCGCUGGUCGUCUCUCGACCUGCCAGCGGACACAAAGCGGCUCUUGUGGAUCUGGGGCAUUCCCGGGGCCGGUAAAACCAUCCUGUCAUCCUCGGUCAUCAAACGCCUCGAGUCCCUCCAAAACACUGAGCCACUGUGCGGUGUUGCCUACUACUACUGCACACACGCCCGGGCCACAGGGAACGACGUGGAGAGCUUCCUCGGAUGGGUAAUAUCUCAGCUCUGCCAUCAAUCAGGACUUUUCGUGCCCGUGGAUAUCGAAUGCGGCUAUUCCCGUGGCGCACGGCUCACCGUCAAGGAGAUGUUGAACUCGCUUCGGGAAACCUGCCAGGGCUUCAACAGGGUCUUCGUCAUUAUCGACGGCUUGGACGAGUCGCAUUCACGCCGUGACUUCCUCGGCUGCCUCAAAAGCAUGAUGUCAGCCCCCGGGCUCGAUAAACUGCGAGUUUUGGUCGCCAGCAGGGACGAGCAGGACAUCAAGGACGCACUGCUUCCCAUCGCAACCGAUGUCUCGAUGUCAAACGAUGUCGUGGAUGAGGAUAUCGGCAGGUUUAUCCAGACCCAGCUACAAGUGGAUCCGGUAUUGGUCAAAUGGCCGACGGGUACUCUCCAAACCGUGGAAAAGAAGCUCAGGGAGGGAGCCCGGGGGAUGUUCCGCUGGGCAGCUUGCCAGCUGGAGAUCCUUAGUACGCAAAACUACGAUACAGAGACUGAAGUCCUUGAGGCACUCGACGCCCUCCCCGAGACCUUGGACAAAACCUACGAAAGCGUCUUGUCAAAGAUACCCUUGCAACACCAGAAAAAGAUUCAGCUUACCCUAUGCAGCCUCGUAGGUCCUGUAUCGCUUGGUCGGGCCAGCUUUAUCCUAGGGUUGGUGACGUGGGAGGCGACGUUAAACUGCAAACAACUGAGCAGCCGGUUGUUUACCCUCGACAACUUGAAGAGCAUGUGCUCAUGCCUCAUCAGAAUAAGCUCUGACGCCGACCCGUAUAUCUAUCUUUCUCAUUACACUGUAAAGGAGUUUCUUUUUUCCACCCGCAUCCGGGAGGGCCCGGCCAGCGCCUAUCACACAACGGAGAGCCAAGCGUUUGCUAUCUCGUUCAAAGCAACCCUCACUACAAUUGCCAGCUUAGGAAGAAGCCCCAUGGAAUUUUCUGCAAGCGCCACCGCCCAUAUCAGCGACUGUCUAGACGAGUUCCUCUUGACAGUGUGGCGCUAUAACAAUCUUCUACCGCUUCCAGAAACCGAAGAUAUCGACCGUCUGCUUUUCGAGAUUCUCUCAGCGGGAAAUACUAUCUGGCUUCGUAUGGAGGAGCAUUUCAAGGGUGAAGGUGCAUCAAUAGAAGGGAACUACGUCCCCUUCUUGGUUAUUCGAGGAAACGAACCCCUACAACUAGCAGAGGCAUGCGCAAGAAUGAUAGCGCUAAACGCACCUACGGUUGCUAUGAGAUACUUAGAGGCCCUUCCUCCUAACGAGCUCGCCAACGCGGUUUCAGCAAUAUUUCAGUUCGGCAAAUUUUCUGACUGCUCGCUCCUGGACGUCGUCGCUCUGUAUGGCUUGCUACCCCAAAUUGCCAAGCAGGGGAUUAUCACACGGCUACUUGAUUGGGGCCUCAGACCUCGAUCUGAGGACCUGGCAGUCUUCUUCCUAUGCAGCAAUCGAUUCAGUGACUGGGGCCAAAACUGCGAGAAAGUGCUCGACACCUUACUCGGACUUGGUAUAACCCCAAACCCAAGAAACGUGCCGUGGACCCCCUUGCAAGCAGCGAUGUGGCGUGGUUGGGGGGCAAUGGUGAUACACCUUUUGAACGCAGGUGCAAACCCGUCAGCAAUCGGUGAUCCUGGACUCGCGUCCGACGAUGCGUAUAGGGGGGAUUGGGGGCAUGUUUUUGACAUAGACUACUCUCACAUCCCCCCGAUCAAGUUGGGAAAUGCAUUAAGGGAACAUCCAUAUAACGAGGUUCGCGCUUGCUACCUUAAAAUGGAUGCAUGGGUACGUGAAGAGCCUGAACGAUUUAAUUUCCUCGUCGAUAGAGGAUUUGAACUUUCACGGGACGCUCCUCGAGACCCUUACGGUUCGGAAUAGCGGCACGCAGUCAAGCCUACAGCUUCCCGUGGGCCUCAAAGAUCUCAGCAAGCCUCACUCCCCACUCCUCCGGCUUAGCGACAUAGCCAAGAUGCCCCGCGGGCGUCUUCUCAACACCGACCCCGAUGCUCCCGGCCAGGUUCUCCGUCAUGGUCGUCGCGGGCGGGCUGCUGGCGACGCUUUCAGCAAACACAAGCUUCCCUUUCGCGGCCCGCAGCGGCUCGAGCGGGAAGUUGACAGCGGUGUAGUUGUUGAUCUCGUGGCGGAAGAACAGGUCCGCGUUGGCGGCCCGGCCCGGCGACUCGAACAUGUAGUGGGCCGCGACCGACUCCGCGUUGCCCUCGUCCAGGGGCCCCGCGAAGGCGCGCGUGGCCGCCGCCGCGCCCUGCGCCGCGUAGACGUCGGCGACGUUUGCGAAGACGGCCUGGACCUGCGCGCCGGCGCCGGCGCCGAGCGCCGCGGUCAGGGGCGGCUCGUGCGCGGCCAGGAAGUCGGCGGCGUCCGGGUGGCGCGACAGCAGGUCGAGCGACACGAUGGCGCCGGAGCUGGUGCCGAAGACGAGGGCGGGCGCGGACGGGGACAGGUGGGCGAUGAGGGCGGCGAGGUCGUCGGCGUCGGCGUGCAGGCGCGCCGGCAUGGUCAGGUCCUGCGGGCCCUCGGCGGUGCUGCGGCUGAAGCCGCGGCGGUCGUAGGUGCAGGCGGUGAAGUUGCGCGCCAGGGCGGGCGCGAGCCGGUCGAACACCACCGCGUCCCCGUUGGCGCCGGGGACUGCGACAAGGAGCGGGCCGCUGCCCAGGCACGAGAAGGCCAGGACGGCGCCGUUGACUGCGAGAGUGGAGGACACCAUCUUGUUCGGGUCGGGCUGGAUGGUCACGGGCGCAGGCUCGCUAUUCUGGUCCACAGGAGAAGGGUGCGAAGGCGAAUCGCGUGCGCGUGGGAUGCUGGUUUCUCCUAGGGAAGACAUGAAGGAAGGGUCAUCUAUCUCUCUAUUUAUCCAACUCCUUCUCCUGAAGAUGCCUCGGUGGGAUCCCCACCAGCCUAAUCGUGCAGUACUUGAUGACCCUGACCGCAAUUUGGCAAUGCCCCGCCGCCAUAUCCCACUGACGGGCAGAUGUUGGCGAUUCUGGCCCACGACUUGGCACCAGGACAGGGGGAGUGAAGGCCGAGCGUGAGGGGAAAAGGGGGGUCGUGAGGAGAUCUCCAAGCAACGGGGCGGGCCCAGGAACGGGGGCGGCUCUGUAAUACGUGGCUAGCAAGGAUGAAUGUGUCCAGCGGUUUGGCUUACCACGACGUUUGUCAGCGCAUG